AACGAGUCAAUCAAUUUAAUUUCUUUAGCCAUACAGAAGAUCAAAAAAAUUAUCUACAAAACCUUUAUCGCAAGUCUAAUCGACUGAUACAGCUAUGAAGUCCAUCACAUCCAUCGUCGCAUGCGUUUUUUCCGCUCUCGGUUUCUUCAUUGGCCACGCUACUUCUCUCACUCCUUCUGACGGUCCGAGUUGCCCAUCGGACCACCCUCUUCUUCUUUGCGAUGGCGGAAUUGAUGGCGUGGUUGAACCAGUUGAAGGGAAGUGUCCAGGCGAGACGAAAUUGAAGUGCUGUACUGCCAAAACGAUAAAACAUCCAAAGUCGACCAAAGAUUGCAAAUUGCCGUAGGGCCGGGCUCGCCGAUAUCUGGACAAAUACCCUUUUUUCACCAAGUUCAAGCUAGCUCACUACCAUAGUUGAUUGAUAUCCCCUGAAAUCAAACUCGUGUUGAGUCAUAUAAAA